GUAGCCAUAGCCACGCCUCGCUCCGUUGGUGUAGUGGGCAGUGUAGCAGCAGUGGUAGCAGGGCCCACCCUCUGUCUGUCUCUGCAGAUAAAUACUCGCAGCCUGCCUAUUCCCAGGCAUGGAUGACGGUUGCACUCAGACAUGGCACUGCGACAUUAUACUCUCGACUUCAAGCUCUCUACGGCAGUUGACUCUGCUACGACAAUUCCUGAUCUACUGUCCAUAUUUCAUGAGCAGGAAAUGACAGAGACUGUCCAUGAAACAAAUGGGCAGGGAUACCUCGGUACUUUUGUAGGCAAGAAUGGCCGGCUUGCAAUUCUGCGUGUGAAGGCCCAUGGGUUGAUCACCGUUGAUCUGCAGUGUUAUGAAGAUGAUAACAUUGCACAAGUAGACAAUCUUUUAAAUGCACUGGAAACAAAGCUCAAGGAGAUCUUAAAAGGCAAUAUUACAAGGGUGAAAAGGCUUCCCGCCCUCGUACGAGGAGCAGAAGUGGACCGAUACUGGCCCACAACUGAUGGCAGACUGGUUGAGUAUGACAUGGACCAGAUGGUGUAUGAAGAAGAUUCUGCAUACCAAAACAUAAAGAUAUUGCACUCACAGCAGUAUGGAAAUGUCCUAAUACUGGAUAAUGAUUUAAACCUGGCAGAGAGCGAUUUGGCCUACACCCAAGCCAUCAUGGGUGGUGGAAGAGUGAAUUAUGCUGGAAAAGAGGUGCUGAUAUUAGGAGGAGGUGACGGAGGCGUCCUGUAUGAGAUGAUCAAACAAAAGCCAAAGAUGGUCACCAUGUUGGAUAUUGACCAGAAGGUGAUAGACGCGUGCAAAAAGCACAUGAGAGGAACUUGUGGCAAUGUCCUCGACAACUUGAACGGAGAUUGUUACCAAAUACUAGUUGAGGACUGUGUCCCCGUGCUGAAGAAGUAUGUCCAGGAAGGAAAGAUGUUUGAUUACAUAAUCAAUGACCUGACAGCAAUCCCAAUUUCCACGGAACCAGAAGAAGACUCUACAUGGGAGUUCCUGCGUCUCAUCCUAGAUCUGUCAAUAAAAGUUCUGCAUCCUUCGGGCAAAUACAUAACACAAGGUAAUGCUGAGACCCUGACAGAGGCACUGAGUCUGUACGAGGAACAGCUGGGGAAGCUCUCGUGUCCCGUGGAGUUCUCCAAAGAGGUGGUGUGUGUGCCCUCCUACUUGGAACAAUGGGUUUUCUACUCCGUAUGGAAGAAGUGAAGACGGAGACUUGUCUGCUUGAAUCCCCAGCAGCUGGAAUGUGAAUGCUCGUCCCAUUUCUGCUGUAGCCUUAAAGGUGUGUUCAGACUGAACGUGACAUGAAAAUAAGAGGCAACACAAAGUCUGGAAAGAUACAUUAUUAUAUGUGAGCUUUAAAAUAUAUAAAAAAAGAAAUUGAUCUAUGAAAAAAGAAAUAGCUACAGUUCCACAGUUUAUUGUUAGUGAGCAGCUAACAUCUGUACAAAAAGUGGCUGUUUUUAGUUAAUAAGAAUGGAUUGCAAAACACUCCAGUGGUGAAGUUAGUGUGAAUAAAUCCAGAUAAAAAAUUGACCUUGCAUUCAGUAUGAGCACAUCUUAAGGGGUACAAUGGUGGUUUUAUUAUCCCCUCUCAUCAACCACAUUCUACCCUGACCCUCCGUUUCUUUCUUCCUGUUUUAGUUGCGUGUUACCAUUGUUUGCUACAACUUUUCAGUUGUAUUUCCUUUGUUGUUACUUGAUUUGGAAUGUCCAUUUGCAUGUAUAUUCUAAAAGGAACUGUUUGAUGUUUAAACAGUGAUUUGAUACACUGAUGACGUGGUGUAGCUCAUCUCACAACAGGCGUGAGUUCUCAUUUUCCUUAGGUCUAAGGUUUGUAUAGACUCAGCACAGCUGAACUGAGUUGCUUUAAGCUGUUUUUGUUACUGCCUCUCAAAUGUGAUUUGAAUCUUUCAGAUUGUAUCAACGCAAUGUGAUCAUGCCCAGUGAGACUGAAGUGUUUAAGUCCAAAUGUGUUUUAAAAGGGAAACGAUUCCACCACUUUAAUGCCACCUCUGUGCUUGUGCUGUUUUUAUGUCAUGUUUUAUUAGCACCUUUUGGUUUCUCC